AUGACCCGCGAGCUUAGCCCCGACACGCCCCGCAAUGAGCCCCCAACGCCGGACGACAAGUCGACAGCGGACCACGCCAGCACAACCAGCGAGAGCAGCGCAACGGACAGCUGCGACGCGUCCGAUCGGCCUCGCGUAGCUUUCAUCACCGGCAUCACGGGCCAGGACGGGUCGUAUCUGAGCGAGCUGCUGCUGGCAAAGGGCUACACGGUGCACGGGCUGGUCCGUCGGUCGUCGAACUUCAACACGGCGCGACUGGAGCAUUUGUACCGAGACCCGCACGACCGCGGCGUCCGCUUCUUCCUGCACUACGGAGAUCUCACGGACGCGUCGAAUCUGUGCCAGAUCAUAGCGCGCGUACGCCCCGACGAAGUGUACAACCUGGGCGCGAUGUCUCAUGUCAAGGUCUCGUUCGAACUGGCCGAAUACACGGCGGAUGUCGAUGGGAUCGGUGCGCUCCGCCUGCUCACGUGCUUGCGCACCUGUGGACUGGAACACUCGACGCGGUUUUACCAAGCAUCAACGAGUGAGUUGUAUGGCAAGGUGCAAGCCACACCGCAGGACGAGGACACUCCAUUCCACCCACGGUCGCCCUAUGGGGUCGCCAAGCAGUUCGCCUUUUGGAGCGUGGUGAACCAUCGCGAAGCCUACGGAAUGUUUGCCGUGAACGGGAUAUUGUUCAACCACGAAAGCCCGAGGCGCGGACCAACCUUCGUCACUCGCAAGAUCACCAGGGCUGUUGUGCGUAUUCGUGCUGGCAUUGAGAAGUGCCUCUUUGUGGGGAACCUGGACGCCAAACGAGACUGGGGCCACGCUCGCGACUACGUCGAGUGCAUGUGGCGCAUGCUCCAGCACGAGUCACCUGAGGACUUCGUUGUCGCUACAGGAGAGUGCCACAGCGUAAGGGAGUUCAUCGAGCUUGCAUUUGCUCAGGUGGGGCUGACUAUUGCGUGGAAAGGUGUUCGAGGCUCCAAAGAUGAGGUCGGCGUCAUCGUCAACGACGACCACGAGCCCCAGCAUGCCAAUCUGCUGGACCCGGAUCGAGUUGUAGUGCGUGUGGACCCAGUGUACUUCCGUCCAGCAGAGGUGGAUCUGCUGUGCGGCAACGCGAAGAAGGCUCAGCGCGAACUAGGAUGGACACCAACUGUACGCUUUCGAGAGCUUGUCGCCGAGAUGGUUGCGUCAGAUGCGCGGGAGCUGCGUCUGGAGGCCCAUGGAGGCAUGUAG